AUGGACAUCGGUAAAGAGAACAAAAGAGUACAGGUAAAAUCAAAAAUACCUCUUCCAAAGGAUCCACUACCACCUUUAUCACAGACUUUAAUAAAACGACCUCAAGAGUUAGACAUUGAGAGGCAUCCAUUAAAAACAAUUAAUUGGCAAACUAUAAAUAAGCCCAAUAUAACAGGCGCAAAUCCAAAAAUUGAAAAUUCCGAAAGAAAUAAUUUAAAAACAAAAUGUCCACUGAAAGUUGAUACGCGACAUGUUACUCUUCGACAGAACACAGAAGAUUUGGAUUGGAAUUAUCAAGUGUUCAAAGACAAUGAGGUAAAAGAAUGUAGUAGCGUCAUAAUUAUAAGUAAUGAGGAAAAAGAAAAUGAAGAAAGAAUUGAUGAAGAGAGAAGUAAGCAAAAAAAUUGUCUGGGAGAUACUAAAAAGGCCUUGACGCCCUCCAUUAAGUCGCCAUUAUUAGAGCCAAACAAAAUUAAGAAUAUUAAAAGAAGUCUGAAAAGACCUCACAGUCGAGAACUUCAAGGAAUUUCUCCUAAGGUACAACAAGAUAGAAGGGAUGAGAGGCAUAAGCGGCGUUUAGAAUUUACUCAGUUUUCGCAAUAUCAAUUGCACUCUCCUGAUUUCUUGGAAAAAUCUUACAUGACAUGUUUAAACAGAGAUUAUACGGAGGAUCUGUUUACGUAUUUGCUCAAUAUCGAAAAAAGAACAGUAGUACCCAGAAUAUCAAGUAAGAUACGAGCAUGUAUUAUCAACUGGUUGAUAAAAGUUAAUGGAUUAAAUGGAAAUCCGGCCGUAAUUCAAACUGCCCAAUUGUACUUCGAUGCAGUGUUAGCAGUCAGUCAUGUUCAAAUGAACUCAUUACAAUUAGUUGCUGCAGCGUGUUAUUGGAUAGCUCAGAAGAUUCAUGGCCCGGCUUUUAGUGCUAGGAGACUUGUCAAGUACUCAAGUGAAGCUUUCACAGUUAGAAAUCUGCUGUCAGCUGAAAAAGCUGUAAUGUAUAAGUUGAAAUUUCCAUCCCAACCAGUAACUCCUCAAGAGUUUGUAACAUAUUUCUCUUGGUAUUGCGAUAGCUGCCAUUUUGGUGAAAUAGAAGUGGCUGCCACGUUCCUUUGUAUGGCAGGCCUAAUGGUAGACAAAUCAUUGUGCAAUGAGUACCCAUCUGUAAUAGGUGUUGCUUCAGUAAGAAAUGCUGUUCUGCUAUUACGAAGAAAAGACGCAAUGGUUAGAUUACACAUGAAUUCUGUAUACAAAGCUGCUGAGAGUAAAGUUUCGAGUAUAUCCUCGAUCUGUUCGAUCCAAAGGAAGGCAAUUCGUUGCAUGUCAUCACCAUAUUUUAAAUAUAAAGCACCUUUAGAGUAUUAUGGAAUUGGUCCCCACUUUAUAGCUCAAAAAGUAAUUAAUUCUGCUAAUGAACUUUCACUUGUAGAA